AUGGCGAGCGGCAUUAUCAACAGGCACGGCAGUGAGGCGCUGAAGCGGCGGUACCUUUCACGCCUGGCGUCACUCGAGCUGAUGUCGGCGUACUGCCUCACCGAGCCUGGCAGCGGCAGCGACGCGGCCGGCAUGCGGACGGUGGCGACUCGGACUGAUGGCGGCUGGCUGCUCAGCGGCAGCAAGGCGUUCAUCAGUGGUGGCGGGGUGGCAGACGUCUACAUUGUGAUCGCCCGCACCGCCACAAGUGACGGCGGCGACGGCAGCGGCAGCAUCGGCCUCGGCAUAGGCCGGCCGCUCCCGCCACCAGGGGAGGAGGGCGGCGGCAUCGGCGGCAGCGGCAGCAGCAGUAGCAAAGGCAGCGGCGGGGACAAAGGGAUCAGCGCCUUUUUGGUUGAGAAGGGCGCGUCCGGCCUCAGCUUUGGUGCCCCAGAGAAGAAGAUGGGCUGGCGCAUGCAGCCGACCUGCGCCGUCAACCUCGAAAAGGUCUUCGUGCCGUCCGAGAACCUGAUCGGGUCUGAGGGACAGGGUUUUAAGAUCGCCAUGGCUGCCUUGGACGGCGGGCGGAUCAACAUCGGGGCGUGCAGCGUGGGAGGGGGCGCCUUCUGCCUGGACACGGCCUACGCGUACGCGUGCGAGCGUUCUCAAUUCGGGCAGCAGCAGGCUUCUGACAGCAAUUGCCACAAUAAGGCACUGGGCAUGAUGAUGCCGCCGCCGCUGCCGCCGCCGCUGCUGCCGCAGGCCUCGCAGUUCAAGCUGGCUGACAUGGCGACGCGGCUCCAGGCGUCGCGGCUGAUGGUGCGGCAUGCGGCUACGGCGCUUGACGCCAAGGCGCCAGAGGCAACCAUGAUGGCUGCCAUGGCCAAGCGCCUGGCCACCGACGAGUGCUUCAGGGUGGCGCUCGACGCGCAGCAGCUGCUGGGCGGUUACGGCUUCCUGAGGGACUUCCCCAUGGAGCGGCUGGUCAGGGACCUCAGGGUACACUCCAUCCUGGAGGGCACCAACGAGGUCAUGCGUCUGGUGAUCAGUCGCCAGCUGGCGCGCGUCAUGGGAGGCUGA